AUUUUGGAUAACAAUAAAUCAUCAAAAUAAAAAAAAAUAAAAGUCAAAGUCAAACAACCAGCCAACUGACAGGAGGAAGACAACAGGAAGCUGAAGCUGAAAACAAACACCAACAAUGUUUUCUUGGAUUUGAAAAUCUUGCAACAUAAAUUGAAUUUUCUAUAUUUUUUUCUCAGAAUAACAGGUACUAGGUACCUACCUACCUAACCUAUUUUUUAUACUUAGUAGUAUUGAAAAUAAUAUGUAAUUUUGUAUUUAUCAUAUUUGUACUUGUAAUCCGAAUUUGGAUUUUUGUGUACUUCUGUAGCCAAACAGAUGUGGUAAAAAAUGGAUAAAUGUAGAUUGUGCCUUAAAAGUAGUAAAAAAUUAAGAUCAGUAUUUGACAAAGAAGAUGACAUCGUGUAUAUUGAUAUGAUAACCGCGAUUUCAAAUAUUAAAAUAAACAGAGAUGAUAAACAUACACAUUUAUGCUUACAAUGUCGGCGAAAACUUAAAGAAGCAUUUAAUUUUAAAAAUAUGAUAGAAAUGUCCAAUUUAGUAUUAUGUGAAAACACUAGUAUAAGAAGAAUUAACUUCAACAACUUGGAUGAAAUCAAAGUUAAAGUUGAAAUUGACAUGAAGAAAGAAAUUUGUGAAAGUAAUAUUGCUGGGGUGUUGGAUAAUUGUCGCAAUGAUGAAUCCGAAUUCUUCUGGUUUAACAAUACUAUGAUAAAAAGAGUUGAAUCCAAAAUAUAUGCAGAUGAAGAUAGGCCUCAGAAUAUUCGUGAUGAUGUUAAAACUGAACUAUUUGACGAUGAUUUAGAUGCAGAUUAUGAUAAUGAAUGUUAUGGCUGCAGCGAUGCCGAUGGCGAGUAUUUGCCAGAAUAUUCAAAUAAGAAAAAUAAAGAAAAUAGAAAGGAGAAAGAAAACAGACACUCAAAAAAUAUGUCUAAAGGAUCAAAAGGAAUUAAAUGUAUGAAAAAUGACACUCUGAGUGUUCUGAUAAAGCCAGUACUUUUAAAAGAUAUUGCAAUUGUUCGCACACCAGUAGAGAAAAGAAAAGCUAGGAAACGAAAACCCAAAUUUGAAGGAAUUAGAAGGCAGAUGUGUAAUUUCUGUGGGAAAAUGACUUCAUCAAUGAAAACGCACAUAUUGGUGCACACAGGGAAGAAAACACAUAAAUGCGAUAUAUGUGAAAAGGCGUAUUAUAUGGAUUCACAACUAAAAGAACACAAAAAGAAGCAUGAGAUGCAUAGAAAAUAUAAAUGUGAUCAAUGCGUCGCUACAUUCAACAGCCCAGGUGCUUUGAAAAGUCACAUGAUAGUCCACAAUGAUGAAAAAACAAUUGUUUGUCACAUUUGUAAUAAAACAUUUAAAAGAAAAAAUAAUUUGAGACGACAUGUCAAACUUCAUAAUUCUGCAAAUAAAACUAUCAAAUGUGAGCUCUGUAAUAUGACUUUCUUUUCGAAUACUGGUCUAAAGCAUCACUUACGAGUGCACACUGGAGAAAGACCGUAUAGAUGCGACAUGUGUUCACAAGACUAUAGUUACAAACACGACUUUAAUAGGCAUUGUUUCAAAAAACAUGGCGUGUUUUUGAAACGGAGAAACGUUCACGUAAUGAAUGAAGAGGUCCUUGUGAAGGAACGAGAGCUGAUGAGACUAUUGAUGCUGAGGCUGCACGGAGUGGUUCAGGGUGAAGACCCGUUCAAGGAGUUCGAGGGCCCUCAGGGGUACAAGGCGCUGGCACAGGCUAUCAACCUCAUAGAGAGUAAACAACUGUCGGUGGAUGUGCAUGUCUAAAACAUUUCCGAUCUUUAGUGUUCAUUUUAGACCCAUUAUGAUAGUCCAAAAAGAUGAAAAAACGUUUGUUUGUCACAUUUGAGACAAAGCAUUUAAUAAUAAUAAAUGAGUGGAACAAUAAUAAAAUCUUUAUUUACUUUACCAGAAACAAGUACUUACCUACAAUGACGUUCAAAAGAGCUGCAAAAUCUUUAAUUGCCAUUACAGUCUGUUGCGGAGUUUUUUUAAUAGCCAUUCAAACCGUACUCUCGUCAACUUUAAGGAGGACUUCAGAUAUAGACGAAUUUAUGAUAAGAGACCAAAAAACACGAAGAAGGCAAAACUAUUUCAAGGAAUCAGCAUUAGAGAAGGAUUUAUUUGAGAA